CACCAGUUCCUUAGAUAGGCUCAGAUUGGUACACUUCAGAGCAUAGUUUCCAAUCAGUAUUGUUUUUCCUAUCAUUAUUGUCUGAUAAUUAAUGAGACACACUACACAUCCAGCAAAAUUGCAGGCACCGAGACAUAUGCGAAUAGCAGCCAACACCAGUGCACACAGACUGAAAGACCACCACACUUCCGCCCUGGAGUCCCCCCUCACUUUGGUGAGAUAGAGAACAAACACUGUCUUUCAGGUUUCCGUGCUGAAACCAGGUAAAAUGGUUUUCAAAAGACACAUCUAUGCUUUCAUUUCAAUUGUUAUUGUGGGCUUUGUUCAAGGACAGUCCACAACUUCUCCUGGCACUUUCACGACCACAAAACCUCUGUUUACUGACCACAGAACUGAAAAAUAUACCAUUGGCAAGAGUGUUAAUCUCACAUGUACAAAUAAGACAUGGACCGAGAUGUUCUACACCACCUGGAGGAUCCCUAGAAAUGGAAACCACUGCACAAUAGCAGCUAGCACAGACAAACCUCCUCAUGACACGUGUUUGGAUGGAAAAGUCAUGCGCAACACAUCUAAUGGGGAAUCCUACUUGCACAUUCCUAUUUUUAAAGUCACAGAUAUAGGAAUUUAUAGGUGUGAAACUGCAUUUCAAGGUGCAAGUCUCAUAGCAGAAAUCACUGUAUCUGCCAUAGUUUCCCCACAGAUAUUCACCAGACUGGUUAUCAUCAGGGAUGGUAAGAGAGAGGCUGUCUGUUCAGCUAUUGGUGGUAAACCAGCUGCCUCCAUCUCCUGGAGAAACACGUGGAACUCCAGUGUGACUCAGACUUCCAAAAAUAACACAGACGGCUCCUUCACUGUGGAGAGCAGACUGAUCGUCCCUGAGCAUGUUCCUUCUGACAACCUGAGCUGUAUCAUCACCCACCCCAGCUGGACAGAGCUUCACAUUUUAAGGGUCUCUCCAGCCUCAGGUCAGAGCUGUUAUCUUCCUACCUUUCAGACAAGACAAUAAGCGCAAUUUAACUGGAUGUGCAACCUGAUAGCCACAUAAUGAGUUAUUAUUAUCAGUUAUUAAUCACACACUUAUGUGAAGUGAUAGUUUUUUUUUUCUCCAACAAUUCCAAAAUUAAUGGAUGCCAUUGCGCCAAAAACAAAAACAGUUUGGUAGUGCUCAUUUUUUUUGUGCUCAUCUAGGCACAGCAGGAGGUCUUGUGUAUGGAUAGAUGCUGUUCCGCAGUCCUGAAUAAUACUAAAUUACUACUUUGUUCUAAUGAAAGGGGAAUGCACUGGGUUCCCUGUGGUCAAUUUGUCGGUAUUUCAUUUUUUAUACCUUUAUUGUGAACACAAAUUACAGUGCAUGAUAAGUUUCCACAUUAUAAACAUGAUAACUAAUUUCAGUCUCCCAGCCAUUGACAUGUUAAUACAUUUCUUUCCAGAGGCGCCACAUUUCUCUUUGAAGAAAGUUGGAAUCUCCAUGAGCUGUGUAAUCGUUCCUCUGGGGAUUCUGGCUGUAUUUUGUAUCAUAAGGAAGUUUCCCAAAAAGUCUCAGGAUGUGAAGAUUCACGGGCUGCAGACUAUUCAUGCCAUCAUUGAACCUUCAAAAAACUGCAAUCCAGCUGAGUCCAGAAGACAGGAGAGUGAAAUUCUGGGGGGGGGGGAGUUAUGUUACACAUAUGUGAAUAUUCCAUCCAUGAUGUUGUAAUGUGAGCAAAUAAACAUGUACACAUUAUUAUAAUAAGAAAUGACACUCUCUGUUUCUGUACUACUGCAAAUAAAAAUGACCAGUGUGUCAGCACCAUAUCCAGAGCUAAUUAUUCAGCUCUUGCAGGAACGAGCAAAGGUAUUCAGUCCAAACAUGACUAUUUUACCAUUAACUUUGUCUUUGCAUUUAGUUUUUUUGACAAACACAGCAAUCACUGAAAAGUUAUAGUCUUCUUGUAAAGGGGAAAUUCAUAAGUUAAACUGUAGGAUGAAUGCUCAUUGAAUCCAGCCCUCCAUCCAUAAUAAGUCCAUAUUUCAUCUAUCUUCCAAUCCAAAUUGACAACACACAGUAAUGCAUUCAAAAGCUCAGUCAAUGCAGUGUGCACCUAACAAAGAGCAACCCCACCUAUUUUACCAAUGAUGUGCACUUCCUGUCCUCAAAAACCACAUCUUAGCAAGGUUCAAACAAUGAAGAUCCUGUUUUGCAAUUCGUUUGGGAGCCACUUACUUUUCUUGAGUUUCUUUCUUCCCUCCUUCCCUCUGUCAUUUACUUUUCCCCAGUCUGGAUGAAUAACAAGAUUUUUGAAAUGUUUGUGAUCCUGGAUGACAUUGCCAUGGGCUUAUUGCUUCUCCUGCAUGCAGUUGUAGUCUGGAUGAAUAACAAGAUUUUUGAAAUGUUUGUGAUCCUGGGUGACAUUGCCAUGGGCUUAUUGCUUCUCCUGCAUGCAGUUGUAGGGAACUACAUCAUACCAACGGCGUCUCAAGGCCCGAAGUUCACCAAAUCACUGUUGACCGAGUUCAGGAGUGAGACUCAUGAUCUGGGAAGCGGUGUUGAUCUGAUAUGCACCAACAAGACCUGGAAUGAGAUGAUCCACACCAUCUGGAAGCUGAACACUGAAAGGAGCCAAUGCACAAUAGCAUCUGGUUUCGGUGUGCAAGACUAUGACUCCUGCAAUGAUGGGAAAUUGCUGAACAACACCAAAAGUGGAGGAAGCUACCUGCACAUACCUUUCUUCUCAAAGGCAGAUGAAGGACUUUAUCACUGUGAGGCAGUGUACAGAGAUGGCAGCUAUUCAGCAGAAAUCAAACUGUCUGCAGAAGUCCCAGUUUCUCCACAGAUAUCAACCAGGCUGGAUAUCUUCAGGAAUGGUAAGAGAGAGGUUGUCUGUUCAGCUAUAGGUGGUAAACCAGCUGCCUCCAUCUCUUGGAGAAACAAGUGGAACUCUAGUGCAACUCAGAGUUCCACAAAGAACUCGGAUGGCUCCUUCACUAUGGAGAGCAGACUGAUCCUCCCUGACCAUGUUCCUGCUGACAACCUGAGCUGCAUCAUCACCCACCCCAGCUGGACAGAGGGUCACACUGAACUGAUUCAAGCUUUAAACCAUGAAGAGUCUACAGCAAGUUUUAGCCUGCAGUAUAGCGUCCUUUCUGUCUGCUCUGUCAUGUUAAUGUCAGGAUUUCUGGCUGCAUGCUUCAUCUUGAGAACAUCAGUUAGAAAGAAGAGAAACAAAGUAUGGAGGCCUAUAUAUGCCAUGUCUACAGUUGAACCCAGGGGUCCCAGCUGAACCUCAUCACCACAGUUCCAUGUCCUGACACAAGCUAUCAUUGCCAAAGAGCUGAGCAUUACUGCGAAAAGAAAUGGGAAAAAUAUGGAGGAAAACAAGGAAUAUGAUUCUUUUUCACAGUUUAAAUUAUGACUGUUCAAAAUGUGUUUUUCUUUCUAUCUAUCAUUAACUGUUUCCUGCUGUAUCAAAGACAAUGGGCACCACUGUACAGAUUUGUAGCCUUGUUCUGUAACUGCUUUUCGUACCCUCGAGUACGUACAAUAUGCAAAAUAAUGAGCCACUAGUACUCAUGAACAGAAAAGUUACCUUCUGAAAGGAAUGCACAUUUUUUCCCAAAUACAUCCAUCCAGCAAUAGAUCUCAUUACAUUUAGCAUUUUCUUAGGAGGUAUGUAGUAUGAUGUCAGAGCCCAGAGUUUCCAGAAUUUACAACACAGUAGAAAAACACCAGAGUUUCCUGAGCGCGUGGUUAAGUUCCUGGGUCCUAGUUUCUACACUCAUAGCUCCAUGUGUGAAAGAAGCAGAGUCAUAGUAACUGGGAAGUGCAUUUCUGGUCAGAAGACGGCAGAUUUAAAGUAAAUUCAUUUGUUAAAACUAAUGGUUUCAUUUGAACUCUUCUAACUUCUUCUAACAGAACUAUUCUAGCAGGUAAAAAUCAUAUUGUGAGUUGUGCUGGUAUGUCUACGCUGAAUGUCAGUUACUAUUGUUUGUUUGUUGAUAAGCAAAACAGAUGACAUCAUGCAGGCCUUUCCUGAGAACUUUUGGCUGUAAAUUAUUGUGCUGAACCUGAGAAACAGCCUUUGACAAAAACAAAAACCAGCUCUGCAGGUUUACCUACAGCUGUCAAAUUUUCUUCAGGAACUCCCUUGAUCCUUCUCCCUCACUUGCUAUUGUAAAUAAGUCAAUUAAUCAAUCAAUCAAUAAACCAAUAAAUAAAUAGAUAGUGGCAUUGUGGCAUGGUGAUUAGGGGAAGUGAAUUCAGGUUCAAAUAAAGAGGUGUAGCAUUGAUUUAUCUCUGAGAAGAGUGAGGCUCAGUGACAAAGGAACAGGCUCUGUGUUUUCAGCAUUUUGGACAUGGCUGCUACAAGGUGCUUGAUUUGCACUGGAGAAAAUUCAGCUGUGUUAAGCUAUUCUGUUAUUCCCGGAGAAGGCCAUCUGCCAAUCAGCAAGCAUUGUCAAAGAGGACAUUUCCAGGGAGUCUAUCAUAUUGAGAAGCAAAUCCAUUCAUCUCGUUCUGCAGAAAUAAAAUAUCCUGGUCCAAUAAUCUGAUAAUGAUUCAUCUGGUAAUGAUCUUAAAGCAAGUAGAAGCACACCUAACAACCAUAAAGACAGUCAGAAGAAUUUUUCACAUUCACUGCAAUUUACAAUUUGCUGUUUCACCUUAACUCUGAAAGUAGUAGUAGUAGUAUUAAAUCAGGAAAUGCAUGAUGAGUCAUACAAAAAUUCCAGACAACUUAUUGCCAGACUGACUAAACAAGUAUCUUGUACAUGCUUCCUGAAAAUCGUUCUCUCACGUGAGUACUGACUUGCCCCUGAUGCAAGAUAUUAUCGUGCUAUUGCAGUUAUCAAACUGAAGGGGCAGUGGCUUGACAUUGAAUACUCUGAAAAAGUUCCUUAUGUAUGACCAUGUAAUCAGCUAUACAACUGCCAAAAUGAUAGCAAAAACAUAUCCAAAUGAGAGAAGUUUGACAACAUUAAAUCACUCCAGUGAGAACUGACAAUCCGGAGGCUGGUUACGUGUACAUGUUACUAUAAGUAGAAUUAGUAGCACCCAGUUAGGACAUAGUUCUAAUCGUGAAUGACAGAUAUGAGCCCUUGAAGCAAAAUAAAUAUGUGCAGAGUCACACCAGGCUUGGCAGUCAUGCAGAGGGCAGUCAUGUGUUAAGACCACAGAUUGUGCAGAACACACCAUUGAUUUUAAAAUGAUAGUUCACUGUCAGGGAUUUUUGAAAUAGUAUUUCAAUUUUAAUGCAUUUCGAUUGACCCAAACAGUUUGUAUGUGUAAUGAAGAAUAUUUUAGAUAUUUAGAGAGGUCCAUGAUGACCAGCUGCCAUUACAAUAACUAGUAAAGGGCCAUUCAGCAUUUUGUCUAAAGAAAUAUACAGUAUAUGUUGCAGUCACUCCAAAACAGCCUUACAGUGCUGUUAUGUUUCUGGAGGCUGUACAAAUGAACAGAUAAUUUUUUUAGCGAUUAUUCACAGUUAUAAACAUAAAUAAAGUUUUUAUAUUGUGCUGGUACUUUUUCCCAUGAGUACAGCAGCCAAAGGUUAAACAUAAUUUGGGCAAUAUACAAAUGUAUGAAUUCAUAAUGUCUACAUUACUUGAGUGUAACUGUCAACUGUUUUUUUUUUUUGUUUUGUUUUUUGUUUUUUAUCCAAAAGAACAUGACCAGUGUGUGAGGAAGGCAUGUGAUGUUUGGGGCUUUUGAAGCCUUGUGUUUCUCAGGCAGUACACUCUGAGUGAUGAAAAUAAUCACAGAUAUGGAGCUUGGCAUUUCCUUGAUGUGGCUGAUUUGUUCUGGUCCACAAUCACUAAGAUCUCUGCAAUCGUAUACUGAGUUUGAAUAGUUACAUUGGUUACAAACGAUUUUUGCUGGUUACAGUGGAAGUGAAGCUGCUGGGCUAUGCUCUUCUCGCAUGCAAAGACUACAAAUGGAGAACUGGAAAAAUGCUAUUGAGAUCCAUUUUUACAUUUUUCCUCCACCAAAAUGAGAUUCAUGUAAGACAGUACCAUGACACAAUGUGAAUGUGGGAUGUUUAUUCUACAUAGCAUGCAUAGCUAUUUCUGACAUAAUGUUGCUUAAUAGGAUAAAUUAUACCUCUAAACAUAACCAAAUGACCAAAGACCAUUUUUGAAUCCAAGCAUUUCAUUUCUGCAAAUUCUUUUGUAAAAAAAAAAAAAAAAAAAAA